AUGAAAGGUUAUGAUGGCUAUUUCCUUCUUGAAUACCUUAUCAACCAAUCAGUACGACCAGACAAAAUUAUCUAUAACGGUUCCAAAAUUAUGUACAUGUGUGUAGAGAAAGGGUUACAUAUUAAAGUUUUAGACAGUCUAAAUUUUCUACCCAUGAAAUUAUCGGCAUUACCCAAAACCUUUGGAUUACAAGAAUUAAAGAAAAGCUGGUUUCCUCAUUUCUUCAACACAAGGGAAAAUCAACAGUAUGUAGGACCCUACCCGAAACCCAAAUUUUACGGUGUUGAUUUCAUGUCCACAAAUGAAAGAAAAGAAUUUUUGCAGUGGCACCUGACUAAAGAGGGUGAGCUGUUUGAAUUAAGAAAACAAAUACUUGAAUACUGUAGAAGUGAUGUGGAUAUUUUGAGACAAGCCUGUCUUAAGUUUAGACACUUAUUAAUGACAGCUACCGGUAAGCAAGAAGAUAUAAUCAGUGACAAAGGAAAGUUGAAAACGGUUUGGGUGGGUGCUAUAGAUCCUUUUGACUAUGUAACUAUAGCAUCCGUAUGCAUGAACAUGUACAGAACUAAAUUUUUAGAAGAAAAGUGGAAGGUCAAGUUAGACAAAGAGAGUAAAUGGACUCCCGCUCAAGUCACUGACGGGAAAUUAUACGUUUAUCACCAGAACAAAUGGAUCGGAGAGGACGACCUAAAAGACAAUAAAAUUGAUCAUAAAGAAUUUGUUUCAACCAAAAUAGCAAAAAUCCCUUCCAGCGGUUACAGAGAUCAAUACAGUAAAGUUUCCAUACAGUGCUUAGAAUGGAUAGCCAGCCAUGAAGAAAUCUAUAUCCAACACGCUUUAAAUGUCGGCGAAAAAGGUCUAACCGGAACACGUUAUAAAUUAGAUGGUUACUGCGUAGAGACCAAUACAGCCAAUGAAUUCCAUGGCUUAUACCCCUGGGUUAACAAGUAUUGUGAAUAUCCUGUUGGUCAUCCGAAAAUCAUUGUUAAAGAUUUUCAAAAUAUAAGUCAGUACUUUGGCAUUGCAAAAGUUAAGAUUUUACCACCAACAGACCUUUAUCAUCCUGUUUUACCGUACAGAUCCAACGGAAAACUGAAAUUUCCACUCUGUAAGAUCUGCGCAGAUACCGAAAAUCAAGAUGACUGCACAUGUUCGGACGAAGACAGAACGUUAACUGGCACCUGGUGUACACCUGAAUUACAGACAGCAGUAAGGCUAGGUUACAAAAUUAUGAAAAUGUACGAAGUAUACCACUGGGAAGAAACCACCAAAUAUGAUUCCUCCACAAGAGAAGGGGGUCUGUUCGCUAAAUACAUUAACACCUUUCUUAAGUUUAAGCAAGAGGCAAGCGGUCCACCUGAUUGGAUUAAGAACGAAGAAGAUUUAUCUAAAUACAUACAGCAAUAUUUUGAAAAAGAAGGUGUUUCAUUGAAGGUGGAAGAGAUCAUAAAGAACCCUGGAUUAAGAGCAUUGGCAAAAUUAUGCCUAAAUAGCUUUUGGGGCAAGUUUGGACAGCAGCUAAACAUGCGACAGACUAACUUUUUUCACAAAACAGAAGUCAGUGAGUUUUUUCAACUGUUUUCCGAUACGAUGAAACAACCGCAAAACUUUCACAUUCUCUCAAACGAAAUUCUUCAAAUGGAAUGGACUUACAAAAACGAUUGUCAGCCCGAAGAUAAUAAAACGAACAUAUACCUGGCCACCUUUACCACAUGCUGGGCUAGACUCAAACUCUACAGCAUGUUGGAAGUGUUAAACAGAAGAGUCCUGUAUUACGAUACAGACAGUGUCAUAUAUGUGAGUAGAAAAGGACAAUAUGAUCCACCUUUAGGAGAUUACUUGGGUGAAUUAACAGACGAAUUAAAUAGUGACGUAUACAUUGUAGAGUUUGUGUCAGGAGGGCCAAAAAACUAUGCUUAUAAAACCAAUAAAAAAAGAAUUGUGUAA